UUACAAGUAUAUGACAUCUACACCACGAGAAGGGUACUUUGGACUGCACACGCUCGGGACGUGAACAUCUUGAUCUGGACCUCGCGCAAGUCGGUCGUUCAUGGAACAAAUGGUCGCGUCAUGGUCCAUGGUGAUGGUACACGGGCUGAUGGUCGCAGGUCCAAGUAAUUCGCCCACCUUCGCUAGAUCUUGGUCGCGCAAGUCAGACGAGGCGCGGGAGCAUUUGGCAAUAGGAAAUCUAAUGUAGUAGGUGUUCAGGCCGGUUAUCUGGCCCGUCCCAUACCCAAAGCGCCUCAAACG